AAUACGAGCACGCGGAGAGCGGAGCUUGAGCCAGCCAACAGUGUCUGUCAUUAACCGUGGGUAGGGAGGGAUAGUGAGAGGAACAAUCUCGGAACGUCAGAGAGAGAGAGAGAGAGGGAAAGAGAGAGAGAGAGAGAGAGAGAGAGAGAGGGGGAAAGAGAGAGAGUGAGGGAAAGAGAGAGAAAGAAAGAGAGUGAGGGAGGGUGAGUGAGGAUCAUAUUUAGGCUACUGCCGCUCUCCUGUCAAAUAAGCGCUUCACUAAACAGAUCAAAAUGACUAGUCAGUUCAAAGAAGAUAUCCACGACCGGGGAGAAUGUAAGAGUAAAUCGCCCACUCUGCUCUCCUCCUAUUGUAUAGACAGUAUUCUGGGCCGACGGAGCCCCUGUAAAGUCAGGCUGAUAGGGGCGCAAAGUUUGACAGCUCUACCCGGGAGACAGGAGCACGACAAGCAGACCGAAGGCUCGACUAAAGAUCCCCUAUCACUAGACACAGACAUGCACCUUCCAUCAAAGAUGCGCCGGCUCUACGGACCAGGGGGGAAGUACCUGGACCACGGCCGGGGUUUAGUUCACGACCUAGGGGAGAAAUUGGACAAGGAGAGGCUCCUGGUGGACCAAGCCUGCGAGAGCCUCAAAAUCAUCCAGGCUCCACAGGUGAGCAUCAGCCGGAGCAAAUCGUACCGGGAGAACGCGUCCCUGAUCCGGGGAGAGGGAGGCCAGAGUCCCACUGAAGGGCCGGAAGAUGGGCCUGGACUAAGGCUGGGCGAGUUAGGGUCAAUGAAGUUUGACGAGGACGCGGGAAAAGAGGAGGAGAGCUGCGGGGAGGCGAUGGGUCUCUCCCCGAAGGACGACGAGAGGGAUAGCCUCCACGCCGGGGAUGGAGACGUGAGGGACGGCGAGGACAGCGUGUGUCUGUCCGCAGGCAGUGAUUCGGAGGAAGGAAUGCUAAAACGCAAGCAAAGAAGAUACAGGACUACAUUCACCAGCUAUCAGCUGGAGGAGCUGGAGAGGGCUUUCCAGAAGACACACUACCCCGAUGUUUUCACCAGAGAAGAGCUUGCGAUGCGGCUGGAUCUGACCGAGGCGCGCGUCCAAGUAUGGUUUCAGAAUCGUCGUGCUAAGUGGCGUAAGCGUGAAAAGGCAGGUGUCCAGACACACCCGUCUGGACUCCCUUUCCCUGGCCCCCUGUCAGCCGCCCACCCCCUCAGCCACUACCUGGAUGGGGGUCCCUUUCCCCCACACCCUCACCCUGUUCUAGAGUCUGCCUGGACAGCUGCUGCUGCCGCAGCCGCUGCAUUUCCUGGUCUGGCUCAUCCCCAUAGCAACCACUCAGGCCAGCACCUAGGGACACCGCUGGGCCUCGGAACAUUCCUGGGUACAGCCGCUAUGUUCCGUCACCCCGCCUUCAUGGGACCCACCUUCGGCAGGCUCUUCUCCGGUAUGGGCCCUCUGACCAGUGCUUCCACCGCCGCCGCACUCCUCCGCCAGCCUGCCCCGCCCGUCGAGACUCCCUCCAUCCCUCCGCCAGUCCUCUCCGAACCUUCCUCCUCCUCUCCCUCCUCCUUAGCUGCAGCGGAUCGCAGGGCCUCCAGUAUUGCAGCUCUGAGGCUGAAGGCUAAAGAGCACUCUGCUCAGAUCACCCAGCUCAACAUCCUGCCAAGCGGAGCUCCAGGGAAGGAGGUGUGCUGAAUAGCUGUUACCCCACCCAGCACUCUCUUUCCUAGGCUUCUGUCCAUCACCUGUUCCCCCUCUCCACCUCUCAUAUCCCUGCAGAUCUGGGAAAGGAGUGGUGGAUGGAUCCAACCCUGACCCCUGAUCUCUGUCUCCUAAACCCUGAUCCUCUCUGGGCUGAAGACUCCUUUCCCAACAGCCCCCCCCACCUUACCCAUACCUCUUACCCUCAAACAAAAAGCACGACCAAAUUCAAAUAGCACUGGCAAACCGAAGCGCUGUGUGUGUGUGUGUGUGUGUGAGAGCAUCACCCCCCCCCCCCCCCCCCCCCCCACUCUUCCAGGUCUCCUGGAUGAGCAUAACCUUUAGCUGUAGAGCCCUUUCGUCCAGAAUCUGACACACAAACACCUCCAUAUUGUGUUAACCCAUCUCUAGCUCAUGCUUCCUGGUUCACAAAGUCCACUUUCUUCUCUGUGACAGAUAUAAACUACGAUCUCAGCGGGGUAAACUCCCAUGACUACCUGCUGGUUGGACACACACACACACACACACACACACACACACACACACACACACACACACACACACACACACACACACACACACACACACACAC